GUAGCCACAGUUAAAACUCGGAGGCUGAUGAGUGGGAGAGGCUCAGGAUCGCAAAGAAAGAGCAUAGAGUCGAAGCAUGUUUACACUAGUUGAGUUGCUAUUGGAUUAAACGUACCACAUCAGUAUAGAUUAUGUAAUCACGUUAUUACAACGUGAUAUCAAUUUGGUGCGACCGAACCAUUCGGUUUUGGAAAUGUUCUACAAGAAGAUGCAGCUGCUGGUUGCUCUCGGAUGUUUUCACUGGAUUUGUUUCUUGUUUCUCCUCAUCUUCGUUUCAUUCACUUCACACUCCCCGAUUCUCAAGAAGGGCGAGAGCUGGGAAUUAGAGACGGCAGAGGGUUUUCUGGAGAAAUAUGGCUACCUGGGACACACACGUAACCAUGGACACGAGCCGGCCGAGGUGAACAAGGCAGUCAGGGAGUUCCAGUGGCUCUCUCGGCUGCCGGUCAGUGGGUUAGUGGACGAUGCCACGCUGCAGCUCAUGUCUCAGCCUAGGUGUGGAGUGACCGAUGGAGAGAGCCACGCGGCCUGGGAGGAACGAGUCAGCACCAUCUUCUCUGGGAACGGAGUGAAGAGGAGAUCAAAGAGAUACAGCCAGCAAGGAGAGAAGUGGUACAAGCGUCACUUGACCUACCGCAUUGUGAACGGGCCGCGCUCGCUGUCCCUGCUGCAGGUGAGGCGCGCGGUGAGGGCUGCCUUCGAGCUGUGGAGCAACGUGUCCGCGCUGGCGUUCUGGGAGGUGAUGGAGGGGCCGGCAGACAUCAGGCUAGCGUUCUACGAGGGGGAGCACAGCGACGGGGUGACCAACGCCUUCGACGGGCCAGGGGGGGCGCUGGCUCAUGCAUUCUUCCCUCGCCGGGGUGAGGCCCACUUUGACAUCUCUGAGCGCUGGACCCUGAACGGCCACAAGGGACGCAAUCUCUUCAUCGUGACUGCCCACGAGAUCGGCCACACCCUAGGGCUGGAGCACUCGCCCGUCCGCAACGCCCUGAUGUCGCCCUACUACAAGAAACUGGGCAAGGACUUGGUGCUGAGCUGGGACGACAUCGCCGCUGUGCAGCAGCUCUACGGGAAACCCUUCAGUGGCUCAGCAGUGCAGCUCCCGGGACGCGUGUUCACCUCCUUCCUGGACUCUGUGGAGGCCGAACAGCCUGGCACUGCCCAGCAGGCCCCGUACUGCCAGGCUGCCUUCGAUGCCAUCACGAUGGAUUUGAACCACACCGUGUACAUCUUUAAAGGAGGGCAGUACUGGACAGUGUCCACGGCAGGUCAGGUCAGCUCUGCUCUGCUCAGGGAGGGCUGGCCGGGACUCCCUAGAGCCAUCGAGGCCGCUGCCGUCUCCCAGACCGACGGGAAAUUCUACUUCUUCAGAGGUGGGCGGUACUGGCGUUACAAAGACAGGAAGCUGGAGGCGGGGUUUCCCAUGAAAAGCAACACCAUUGGCCUGCCCAGGCACCCUGACUCUGCCUUCUACUACCAGCCUCUGGGGCGCAUGGUUGUGCUCAAGGGGCAGCGCUACUUCGUUCUGAGCCAGGAGAGCCUGCGCGUGGAGCCCUACUACCCCCGGGAGCUGGCAGACUGGAAGGGGGUCCCAGCAGGUGCCAACGGGGUCCUGACCCGGCCCGACGGGCAGCUCUAUUUCUUUAAAGACGAGCGCUUCUGGAGGUUCGACCCGGGCAAGCUGCGGGUGGUGGGUCGAGGGCAGUGGGCCAAUGAACUGGAGUGGACCGGCUGCCAAAGAGAAGCAAACAACUCUGUCGAUUGAACCAAAGAGCUGCUAAACUCACAAACCAAAAUAUGUGCAAUCAAAGAGCAUAACGGCCUCCUGUUCUUUUAAAGAGAUCGCAGUGAACAAAAUCCUUACUUACCUGCUGUGCUCUUUCAUUUGCUAUAUAGGAUCCAAGUGUGCAGUUUUGAAAGAAACACAUCUCGUAAUAAAACUAGAUUUGUAUUUUCUGUUACUACACACUAGUCAAAGAAAUGCCAUGCUUUCAGGUAGUUUUGCACUUCCUUUGUCAUUUUACCCGAAGGCUGAAAUUGUCCCCACCCCUUCAAUGGCUUCUUUCCUGUCAUAAACCAACCAGCUACUUCUCCUAGUGACUGACAUGCUUUCAGCCAGUAACAAAGACACUCCUGAGGUGGAAUGAGAGAGGAAGGCCUGGAAACUGAGAACUAUAGUUUAGUACCAAAAAUCAUGUUUUAAAAUGAAAAUUCAUUUUGGCUAUAACAUGUGUUUCUUUCAUAACUGCACAUUUGAGACUGGAAUUAUUUUGUGAGCAACAAUCACUUCAAAAUAGUGUCACUUUUUCUUUUUUUUACAGAGGGUGGUCAAAUAGAAACACCUGUCAAACACUGUCAGCUGUGUGGCCACACAAGUGACCAUGAGGGAAGUUGUACUGGAGAUGGAACUCUGCAGCUAAGCCUGAAACAUCACGAAUAUGUGCAGUUAUCUCAGCUAUAUAUGUGUGUGGAAUGCCCAUUUACACAUGUGCUGCCUUUUACAGUGGUCUUUAUUUUAUGGUCAAACCCCUGUAUGUAAAAUAUAUGUAUUUUGUAAAAUAUCUUCCUGCGUGUACAGUAAUAUAGAGGUAUGCGGUGAGAUAUGCAUUUCCAUUGGAAAGUACUGUAUUCUAUAGUAGUGGCAAAACGUCCAGAUUCAAUGACACCCCCAUUUCAAUGUCUGUAAAUCUAUGUGAUGUAUUUUAAUUCAGUUGCACUGUGAUAAAAAAAAAAAAAUAUCCGAAAAAAAAACACUUGACGAAUAUUGAAGAUAAAAUGAUGAAAUAAAUGGACCAGCAAAAUGUAGCCUUAAUGUGGGGUUGGCUUACUAUUGUCAUUCGUCAAACUAAUUUACAAAGAUUAGAUUUAUUGAGUUUUUAUCUAUGUAAACUGUUCUAAUUUACUGCUUUAGUUUCUAAUAUAUAUAUAUAUAUAUAUAUAUAUAUAUAUAUAUAUAUAUAUAUACAUACAUACACAGGGUGAUUAGAAAGUAAGUUUAUCACAUCAACGCACCAUAUUAUUGAUACCUAUUACUAAUCACCCUAUAUAUAUAUAUAUAUAUAUAUAUAUAUAUAUAUAUAUAUAUAUAUAUAUAUAUGUAUGUAUGUAUAUAUGUAAUUGUGAGGUGGCUUUUUUACAGAGGUGGUCUUUAAUCAAGGUUUUAUAGUAUAAUUAACCUUUUGGAGAAACGAAACAUUAUUUUGGAUAGUUCACUAACUAUAUCCAUAUUGAAUGGAGGGUAGCUGUCUGUCUGGUGCCACUGUAUAUGCAGACUGCAGUAUUUUGGCCAAUUUGCAUUGCAUGUACCAGUAGUGGGUUUAUUCUGGAACAAAGCGCUCUUUUGCCUCUAUUUGCGCUGACAAAACGAACAGCAGUCUGAGAGACUAUUACUUCCACCAUUAAUUCUGGGACUUGCUCUGGGUUCAAGGGGCGUGGCUUAGUGUUUAGACAGGAAUAUUGCACACAGGAACAGCCUGUUCUUCAGUCUCAAAACUACCUGGAUAUAAUUUGGAAGCUGCUGGUAGUGUAUUUUAUUGGCUCCAGUUUUCAAAAUUAUCCACAACUAUUAAACACUCAAUAGUGCUUAAUUUAGAAAGAAGCUUCAUAAAUGAAUUGACAUUUCUUAAUAUCUGCCUUCUAGUCAAAACGUUUGUCAUUGAAUUUAUGAAGUUUCUUUAAGUAUUUUUAACUUCCUAUAUUUAAUACUGUAAAGCUGCGUGACUUGCAGGGACAUACACUGCCUGGGACAUGCAUCCACAAAUCAUUUAUAGAGAUCUAUAUAUCUGUAGAAGAAAUAAGGAUUAAAUAAAGUCUGAAAUCGAUGAAACAUUUCUAGAGUGUUGUUAAUAGUUCCAUGUGUAUUAAUAUCAUAAAGGUGUAUAUUCCCUGUUUGAAAUGCUGAUUUCUAAAGUAAUAAAGUAGUAUGAUUUUUGGAAUUGAAA